UCGCACCUUCUUCCUCCCCCACCCCCCACCCAGGCGCGGGCCACUGCCGCUCGAGGAGUCCCGGCCACCACGUUACCAAGCAACAGGCUGCCAGAAGCAACCGAGCAGAAUGCCGGGGGUUAGGGAAGUCGGUUGGGAAGAGAGCCUGAGCAACAGAAAUGAGCCCAGAAAAGCAUCCUGAGGAAGAGGAUGAAGUGGCCUGCGUUCUCCUUUCAGCGUCCAAGAUCCUGAAUUCCUCUGAAGGGGUAAAGGAAAAUGGUGGCAGUGAAAAAGAAUACAGCUGCACAUCAGAAUCAGAAAAUCAAAUCCAACCGCAAUCAGCACUGAAAGCCCUUCAGCAUCAACUGGAAUCAUUUCAGGCUCUCCGAAUACAGACUUUACAGAAUGUUAGCAUGGUGCAGUCUGAAAUCAGUGAGAUAUUGAACAAAAGUAUUAUUGAAGUCGAAAACCCACAAUUUAGUUCAGAAAAAAAUCUAGUAUUCGGCACAUGCAAUGAAAAGGCUUUGGGUGACUGGGCUGUCGGAGAUGAAAAUAAGGAAAGUCCUGUCCUAAAAGCCACAAAAGACCCUAUACGGAAUCAAGAAGAAACCCUUUCUAUGGAGAAAAUUCAUCAUUUUGAGGAUUCUAGGACUCUUCAUUCAGUGGAAGAAAAAUUCAGCAGCGAUAGCGUUAACAGUCUCUCUCAAGGUGUAAAUAUUCCAUCCCAGAUACAUCUCAAGGACAUAUUAACUCUGAGAACCUCAAUAGAUAAUUCAGCUUCAGAAAACUCUGACAUGUUGAAAAAUGAUAAUAACCUUUAUAAUUUUCUACCUAACACACCUCAAAACGGGAUGUCUCAAGCUGAUACUGUAAUUCUGGAUAAGUCCAGAAUUACUAUGCCUUUUCUCAAACAUGGAUUUUGUGAAAAUUUAGAUGAUAUUUGCCAGUCUAUCAAACAAAUGAAGGAAGAGCUUCAAAAGUCACAUGAUAGGGAACUUGCACUUACAAAUGAACUUCAAACUUUAAAAGCUGUUCCAAACAAUGGUAACUAUAACCUGUCCCCCAUUCACAAGGAAAAAAUUAACUUUAUUAAGGAAGAAAAUAUUGAGAUUAACUUAAAUGAAGAUAUAAAAUCAAAGAGAAUUUUGGAAUUAGAGGCAUUAGUCAACAAAUUACUCCCUCUCAGGGAAACAGUGUCAAAAUUCCACGUGAAUUUUUGUAGGAAGUGCAGAAAAUUAUCUAGGAGUGAAAUAAACAGAGGGAGAAAGAAUGAGAAAAACAAUAAAGAAAUUCCUAUCACUGACAAGAGUAUCACAGAUUUAAAAUUCCAUUCUAGAAUUCCAAGACAUACACUGUCAUUCUUUGACCCAACAAAAUGUGAAAUGAAAGAUGAAGAAAGGCAACCAUUUGCAGUAAAACAAGGAUCAAUAAUAUGUGAAAAUGAGAAAACAUCCAAAGCCAAUUCUGUUACUGAGCAGUGUAUUGCAAAAAUUCAGUACUUACAGAACUACCUGAAAGAGUCUAUGCACAUCCAGAAAAACGUAAUGAAACUAGAGAAUGAAAACCUAACUCUUAAGUCCAAAAUUAAACCUCUUGUCUUUACCACACAAUCUCUGAUACAGAAAAUUGAAAUAUAUGAAAAGCAACUUAAGAAUCUUGUUGAAGAAAAGAACACUAUUCAGUCCAAGUUAAUUAAAACAGAAGAAGAUAGCAAAGAAUGUCUUAACGAAUUGAAAAAAAUAAUUAGUAACUAUAAUAUUCUUCAAGGACAAAAUAAAACCCUACAGGAAAAAAAUAGUCAACUUUCUUUAGAGAAGCAACAAAUGAUAGAAACAUUAGAUCAACUAAAAAGUAAGGAACACAAAACUCAAAGUGACAUGGCCAUUGUCAGUAAUGAAAAUAAGCGACUGAGCAUAGAAAUGGAAUCAAUGAUAACAAAUAUUCUAUUGCUACAAGAAGAAAAGGAAAUAUUAGAGAAGAAAACAUACCAACUUCUAAAGGAAAAAGGCUCACUUGAAAAUGAACUAAAAGAAAACCACCUAGAGAUAAUGCAGCUAAAGGAGAAAGAAAGACUGGCAAAAACUGAACAAGAGACACUUCUUCAAUUAAUAGAAACAGUUAAAGAUGAAAAGCUUAAUCUUGAAACUACCUUACAAGAAUCUACCACUGCAAGAGAAAUGAUGAAAAGAGAAAUUGAGGAUAUUCAAAAAUAUAAAUCCACCACUGAAGAGAAUUUUCUCCAAGAAAUAAAAAAUGCAAAAUCAGAAGCAAAUAUUUAUAAGAAUAGUUUGUCAGAAAUGGGCAAUGAAUGCGAAAUGUUAUCAAAAAUGGUAAUAGAAAUUAAAACUGAUAAUCAGAUCCUAAAAGAGGAAUUAAAAAAACAUAGUCAAGAAAGUAUAAAAUUUGAAAACAGCAUCAGUAGACUUGAGGAAGACAAAAUACUUUUAGAAAACUAUGUAAGAAGUAUAGAAAAUGAAAGGGAUGCCUUGGAAUUUGAGAUGCAGAAUCUUCAAAGAGUCUAUCUAAAUCUAAGUGAAAAAAUCUGUAGUCAGCAUAUUGACCUAUCAAAAAUGGGUUAUGUUUCAAGAAGAGAGAAACUCCAUUUUGACAACUAUGAUAUUUAUGAGGACACCUCUAGUUCUAGGAGUAAGCCUUUAACUCCUGGUUUGAAAGGUAUGUAUAUCACAGUGGAUUAGUAGAAAUGUGUUGAAGACUCAUUUAGCCUAUUGGGCAUUAGCCAGAGGACAGUAAUAAGGAAACUUUUAAGGUGAAUACAAUUUAGUUUUGUAAGAUUUGUAUCUGGUUUCUUAUACAGUGAAAUUAUUCAGAGAUUUUGCUCUUUUGAU